GCUUCUCUCUCUGUCUCUCUUUUGGGCUCAAGCGAGCGAAGGAAGAGAAGAAAACUGAUCCCGAAAAUGGCGAGCGAAGCGAAGGCCAAAGGCGGCGGAGGGGGAGCAGGCGGUUUCAGGGCGAGGGUGGAUCACUUCCUGUACAGCGGCGACAAGAAGCACGUCCUGGCCGGCAUCACCGUCAUCUCCCUCGUCUUCGGUGUUCCCUGGUUCCUCAUGAAUCGAGGGUCAAAGCACCAGUCCCAUCAAGAUUACAUGGAGAGGGCGGACAAGGCUCGGAAUGAAAGGCUUUCUUCAUCUUCAAAAUGACACAGUAAAACCAGUGAUGUUUUGCUGACCAGUUUUGAUUGUUGAGGGUUUAAAAUUGUUUGUCAUUAGAACAGAAUAGAAAUGGUAAAAGUUUUUCCAAUAAGGUUGUUUCGGCACUGUAUUUGUGAAUUGCUAUUGGGGCAGGUAGUAAAGCUGUCUCUCUUCUUUCGUACCUUGGUGCAACAAUGUGAGAACACCAUUCCAGUGUUCUACCAUUCAACUACCUGGACUUGCUUGUGUCCGGUGUUCUCUGUUUCGAUCUAAAAUGCCUCAAAUCAUUUUCAAAAA